UUUUUUUUUUUUUUUCCACCAGAGUGUGGUUUCACUAUGGCGAAGGAAUAAACAAAUAAUGGGCAGCAGCGGCAAUGAAGCGGCGGUAACGGUGAACACGUCUCUCCUCGAGUUGAACGGUCGUGAAAGAUGCUGACAGGAUCUAAAACCACGUUCAAAGUGAGACAAAUGCUCCCAGACAUCAAGGAGAGGAUGCUGAGUCAGACUGGGGUGAAUGCGAGGAGUCGAGAUGUGUUUGGGCUACGCUGCCUGCCAGGUGAAUGUGUACUUCAGAGAGCCGUAAUGGUGAGGAAGAAGUUGACUGCCAGGGAAGGAAGAGGUUGGCUGUCCGGGACACUCUUCUGUACCCACUUCAGAGUGGCUUUUGUGCCCCAGGACAGUCCCAAACCUGACGACAAUGCAGACCCAGUGCUUUUAGGAGAUCAUGAUGUGGCUUUGGCAGCUAUAGAGAAGGUUGUCGUUGUGGGCCCAAACAGGACCAAGCUGGUGACCCCAAGCUCCUCGCUGAAGUUCACUCCAGAGGAGCUGGUGCUUUACUGCAGGGACAUGAGAGUCAUCUGCUUUCUGUUUGAUCGCCUCACUCCAGACACACAGGUCAUAGAGAUAACCUACACCAUUGCCAAGGCUGCCAAAUCUGGGUCCGUUUUAUCUUUCCAGAAUGCUGCCCUCGGGAGUGUAGAAAUGAAGCAGUUUCUAAGCAACCGUCGUCGAGACGCCCACAUGAACUGGUUUGAAUCUGCCUCCGACUGGGAACAAGAGCUGGAGAGGUGUGGAGCCACUAGCUGGAGAGUCAGCUCCGUCAACGACCGCUUUGAGAUGUCAACCAGCCUGCCGAGGUUCAUCGUGGUUCCACAAAAGGUUUUAGACACAGAACUGAAGAAAAGCUUUGCCCACUUCAAUGAAGGACGCAUCCCACGCUGGUGUUGGCGACAUCCCAGAGGCAGUGAUCUGCUACGAAUGGCCAGCUUCCAGAACAACAUCUACCAUGAGAAAGACGACAUCAGAAACCUGGAGAUGGUCCUGUUUGGGUGCCAGUCUUCAUUGUGUGUAGUGGUGGAGCUGGGCGAGGAGCUGCCCUCGCCUGCCGACAUCCAGCUGGCACACAGCCGCCUGCGCGCCCUUUGUCUGGGAGAUAUCUCCACAUCUGUGUCAGUGCCUGAUGACAAAUGGUUGUCUACCCUGGAAACCACCCACUGGCUAGACUACACCAGGUCCUGUCUGAGAAAAGCCUCAGAGGUAGCCUGCCUGCUUCGUGGCGGUCACCUGACUGUGGCACUGCAAGAAGCAGAGGACCGGGACAUGAGCUGUGUGGUGUCCAGCCUGGUGCAGGUGAUGUGUGACCCCCACUGUCGGACCCAGCAUGGCUUCCAGGGCCUGGUGCAGAAGGAGUGGGUGAUGGCCGGCCACCGCUUCUGCAGCCGCAUCAACUACCGCCGCGACAAUGACAAGGAGGAGGCUCCAGUCUUCCAGCUCUUUCUGGACUGUGUUUGGCAGUUGUGGUCCCAGUAUCCAUCUCGCUUCCAGCUGACAGAUGAAUUCUUGUUGGCGCUACACGACAGCAUCCAGCUCCCACUCUUCUCCUCCUUCCUGGCAAACUCCCAGCGAGAGAGAUGCAAACGUUCCCAGAACCUCGGUCAGACCUACACUCCCGUCAAUGGCUGGAGAGAUGUGCUGCACCCAGACUCCUCAGAUCCAUCUGACCCUCCUCUGCCCCCGGUCUGGGACUGGUCCCUGCAGUACAGCAAGGCCACACAAGACCGCUUCACCCAGCCUGUUGCCCCUACGCCCCCGCUACAACCGCUGCUCAACGGCAACCUCAACACCAACCCAGAUACUCCCAGGCUGGCUGACACCAUCCCCGGCUCAGUGUUCCUGCUCUCUCGAGGCACAUUCUCCUGCCCCGCUAACCUGCUUCCCUGGCGCAGCAGCAGCUCAGGUGUUUACAAAAAGAGCCACCGGAGGGCGCCGUCCUCUGAGAAUGUGCCUGGUCUGGAGAGACUGCUGAAAGCUUGGGCUCUGACUGACUUUCCCCAGGCCCUCACUUCCACCUCUGGACCUCAAGGACCACUUGACCCCUACGAGCCCUUACUGCCCCUCCUGAUGGGGCCCUGCAUGGGCCUGUGGAGGGAGUGCUACCUCCGGGGGGCACUCCAUGCACAGGCAUUCUCCCACCCGAUCUCCGCCAACCACCUCCAUCCUGUAGAACGACUCGCCCAGGAGGUGCAGCAGCUCAAAGACAAGCUGGCCGAAGUGUCCAGCAGUACGGAUCCGACUACGCCCACCGGCACAUCUGAGCCUCGGCGAACCGACACCAACCUGAACCAGAACACCAACAACGGCACGUUCCUCUUCCCGUCGUCGAGGCCUCAGGGCUCGGGCGUGCAAAGAGCGGCGCCCCCUCCUACCUCUACCAACCACCAGACCUCCAGGGGCCCUCCGCCUGCCUCCGCCCCUCCAUCCAGGUCUGCCCACAAAGACACUGGCGGCAGUAAUAAGCACACAUUCCUGUUUGGGCACUCCUCGGGCACGGAGGUUCGCCCUGAGCAGCGCUACUACCCAACACCCAGUAACGCCAAGCUGCCGAAGAGCAACGGGCCCUCGCUAGCUUCCUGAUCUGCCCUUCAUCUGUACUGUUUUCCAUUCCACCCCGUGACUGGGAACUAAAUCACCUGCCUGUGCAUGCAGACAUAUCUCUCACAGCUAUCAUGAACUGAGGAGAACCCAAAGUGUAACCGUGUCACUUUAAGGUGAUCAGAAACAUGAGACACUUGAGUGGACCACAAUGAACUGCAGUAAAUGAUCGGUGAAAGAGUUCUGCUCGACUCUGCUACUUCUGUACUGUAUUAAAACAAAUGUGACAACUGUUUUGUAUAUUUGUUUAAAAAAAUCCUGGUAUUCCUCUAAUUAAGUAUAUCUAAGUGCUCUGAAGCAAAAAAGACAAAAAGGGCUGCUUAAUAAUGAAAGCACAUCUCGCGGUAUUGUAGGAUGCAGUAGAAACUGUCUCUGCUCAUUUCUGUAAAUGUCACAUCACCCUUUGAGAGAGAUAGGAAGCUUGUAGUUUCUAUUCUUAUCCACAGUGGGUUCCAGUGACUGGACAGAUGAAGAUAAAGGCAGUGAAUGCUUUUCAGUGGAUUUAACCUCUGAACUGUGUCUCCAGAAGCCUAUUUUGUUUUACAGCUAGCUCUGUAGAUGUUUAUUCUGUGCAAAAACACAGAUUGAGUCCCAGUGUUUGUUCUUCAGCUUCUAACUGAGAAAAGUGGAAUAUCGUUCAGUAAAUGAUAAUUUCUAAAAAAACGGCAUUUUUGAACCACAGGCGCUGUGACCACUGACUUCAAUGUGGAAUUUAGGGCAUGAGAGCUAUUUUGGUACCGCUCUGCUCUCAUAUCUCUCCACACACAUGCAUGCUUGGGAGCAGUGAGAGGCCUAUAUUCUGUUCAAUGUGUUUUGUAAGCCUGGAUGUGGCUGCAGUUGUUAUAAUUCUGCAUGACUGAGAUAAUUUCAGGGCUUUCGUAAUAUAAUCUUAUUUCAUCUUUCUUUCCAGUAUUUUUAUUGAUCAGUUAUGGAUGUCAUACAAGUGUGUAAAUGUUUUUCUUACCAAAGUUAGUAUUAUUUGAAAACAUUUCCAUUGUUUUUUAUGGUGGAAUUUGAAAAAAACAAAGAUGUUAUUCUGCCUUUUUGGAUACUUUAUGGAGGUACUGGUGUUGGAAGCAAAGGGAAGCUUGUUUCCCCUUUUGUUUACUUUUGGUUUUUAUUUCUGCCUGGUGGUGUAUUAGUAUGCAGCCAGCAUUUAGGUCAAGCACUUGUCCGACUGUAUUUAAAGCACAGAGGGAAGCAUUUGGUCCUGCACCUUUAAAUCCAAACAGGUCGUCAUGAUGUGGGUGUCAAGUAGAUGCACUGGCGUCAUUCCCACGGACGGAUGAAUUUGCACCAUUGUGUCCAUGAAAAAGGACGUUUUUCUAAAGGUUUUUUUUCAGGCUGGACAACAGUUGUCAGAUGUUUGCCUGAUGCCGACCUUCUCUCAUGUCAAAAGGUACCUCACUUGAUAGCACUAUGAAUUAUUAAAUUGUUGUAAAUAUUCAUUACGUCAAUAUCAAGGCACAUUGAUAUCAGCUGCAAUUUCAGAGUCUUUCAGGUGUGAUGCCAAUGCAUUUGCUCGUCUUCCAUGGAAAGAAAAAAUCACCAGGUCAUUAUCGUCCUGCUGCGUGGAAAAUCUAAUUUGACCUUCUGCUCACACCUGUCGUUGCUCUGUAUCCUUGUAUAAUUUAAUGUUUUUGGUACGAACAUCACCUAAAUUUGCCAGAUGUACAUAUUUUUUGUACUAGCAUGUCUUGAUUCUGAUAAAAAGUGUUUUCAGUUCAUGAGCUUAUAACUCUGUUCAUAAUAAAAUAAACAAUUCUCAUACACAA